CCCCUCCCCGCGCACAAGUCAUGAUGGCGGAACUGUAGUCUUCGGGACGAGCAGGAGUCCGCCGCCCGUCCUCGCUGAACGAUUGUAUGUAGGUACUCAUUUACUCAGCCAGCUCCACCGUUUCCGCGCGAUGACCCGCUGGAUCCCCACCAAGAAAGAGAAGUACGGAGUCGCAAUCUACAAUUAUGGUCCCAGUGGCGAGCAGGAGCUGUGUCUGCAGGUGGGGGACACCGUGCACAUACUUGAGAAAUUGGAAGGCUGGUAUAGAGGCUACACGCUACGCAAGAAGUCACAGAAGGGCAUUUUCCCAGCGUCCUACAUCCACUUAAAGGAGGCGACAGUUGAGGGACUAGGCCAGCAGGAAAUAGUCAUUCCAGCAGAUUUACCCCUGGUGCAGGAGCUCGGGGCGACUCUGAGGGAAUGGGCGCAGAUAUGGCACGAGCUGUUCGUGGCGAACAAAACCACCCUGUUCAGGAGCGUUCAGCAGAUGGCCUACAGCCUCAUCGAGUAUCGAUCUCAGAUAGUGUCUGGAACGCUGCCGAAGGAUGACCUUGUGGAGCUCAAAAAGAAAGUCACAGCAAAGAUAGACUAUGGAAACCGGAUUCUGGGGCUGGACCUGGUGGUGCGAGAUGAAGCGGGAAACACGCUGGAUCCUGACUGGACCAGUACGGUCAGCCUGUUCCGGGCACACGAGACCGCUUCCCGCAGUGUCGAUGACAGGAUACAAGAAGAGAAGACGAGGCUCCAGAACCUGGAAAUGAGACGUCAGACCCUGUUCAGCACGGUGCACACCUACAGUCUGCUCAUGAACCUGAAGAACUUUGUAUGCAACAUCGGAGAAGAUGCUGAGCUGCUCAUGUCUCUGUAUGACCCCGACCAGUCUGAAUUCAUCAGUGAGAACUUCCUGGUGCGCUGGGACAGUAUGGGGAUGCCUAAAGAAAUUGAAAAACUCAACAACCUGCCAGCACUAUUCACGGACCUGAGCAGCAGCGACUUGAUGAGACCGCGACUCUUCCUGGUGUGUCAGAUCAUCAGAGUGGGCAGCAUGGAGCUCAAAGAGGGCAAGAAACACACCGGAGGCCUGAGGAGACCAUUUGGAGUAGCGGUGAUGGACGUUACAGAUGUCGCCCAUGGCAAAGCAGACGACGAGGACAAGCAGCACUUCAUCCCUUUCCAGCAGAUAGCUAUGGAAACCUACAUCCGUCAGAGGCAGCUCAUCAUGUCUCCGCUCAUCCCGUCUCGAGUCAUCGGAGAGAACGAGCCGCUCACUGCUGUCUUCAACAAAGUCAUCGCCACGCGGGAGGUCAAUCACAAAGGCCAGGGGCUGUUUGUGACCCUGAAGCUCCUCCCGGGGGAUCUGGCUCAAGUCAGGAAGGACUACCCCCACUUUGUGGACCGCAGCACGGCCAUCGUCAGGAAAAUGGGCUUUCCAGAAAUCAUCCUCCCAGGAAACGUGAGGAAUGAUAUUUACGUAACCUUGCUGCAGGGAGAGUUUGACCGUGGUAAAAAGAAGACCCCGAAGAAUGUAGAGGUCAUACUGAGUGUGCACGAUGAUGAAGGCAAUCCCAUGGAGAAAGCCAUAUUUCCUGGAGCUGGUUAUGAUGGCAUCACAGAGUACAAGUCUGUCAUUUACUACCAGGUGAAGCAGCCUUGCUGGAAUGAAACAGUCAAGGUGACAAUUCCCAUUGAAGACGUCUGCCGCUGUCACCUGAGGGUGAUGUUUCGGCACAGAUCCUCCCAAGACUCUAGGGACAAAUCAGAGAAGCCCUUUGGUAUGGCCUUCGUCCGGCUCAUGAGAGGAGAUGGAACCACGCUAAAAGAUGGCAGACACGAACUCAUCGUCUAUAAGGUUGAUGUGAAAAAGGCAGAGGAUGCAAAGGUUUAUCUCACCUUGCCUGCGGCCUGGACUGAAGUGGAGGAGAAGGAGAGGCAGACGGGGAAGCAGUUCCACCAUUCGGGAGUGAUUCCAGUGACUAAAGACAGCUUCCAGAUCGCGACGCUCACCUGCUCCACCAAACUCACCCAGAACGUGGAUUUGCUCGGCCUGUUGAACUGGAGGUCUAACCCUGAAGAUCUGGACCAGAUUCUGCAGAGGCUGAUGGAGGUCGAGGGAGGGGAGAUCGUCAAAUUUCUCCAGGACACUCUCGAUGCCCUGUUCAACAUCAUGAUGGAGACCUCAGAGAAGGACACCUACGACACCCUGGUGUUCAACGCCUUGGUUUUUAUAAUCACACUUAUUGGCGACAUCAAAUUCCAGCACUUCAACCCCGUCCUGGAAACCUACAUCAACAAGCACUUCAGUGCCACUUUGGCUUACAUGAAGUUAACCAGGGUCCUUAACUACUACGUGGGCCACGCCGAGGAGCCGGUCCUGACCGAGAGGCUCUACGCGGCGCUCAAAGCUCUCAAGUACCUGUUCAGGUUUAUUGUGCAGUCGCGGGUCCUCUAUCUCAGAUUCUAUGGGAACAGCGAGGAUGGAGACGCUUUCUUCAACUCCAUUCGCACCCUUUUCCUGUCGUUCAACACUCUGAUGGACAGACCGCUGGAUGAGGGGGUGAAGAUAAAGGGAGCAAUAUUGAAAUACCUCCCCAGCAUCAUUAACGACAUCCAGACUGUGUUUGAUCCCGUGGAGCUCAGUGUGCUGCUAGCCAAGUUCAUCGAGAGCAUUCCUGACUCUCAGCUCGUGCGUCAGAAGCUGGGCUGCAUGUGUAAAAUGGUGGAGAGUGACCUUUUCAGGCAGCCAGAUUGUCGAGAUGUGCUGCUGCCGCUCGUCACUGACCAGCUGAGCGGGCAGCUGGACGACCACUCGAGUAAACCCGAUCACGAGGCCUGCGUCCAGCUGCUCAGCACGGUGCUGGACAACCUGGACCGCAAGGACGUGGGUCCGACCAGAGGCCACGUCCAGCUGAUAAUGGAGCGGCUUCUUCGCAGGGUCAAUCGCACCGUCAUCAGCAUGGACAGAUCGUCCCCUCUCAUUGGCCACUAUCUCGCCUGCAUGACGGCCAUCCUGAAGCAAAUGGAUGACAUGCAUUACGCCCACUACAUCAGCACCUUCAAGACGAGACAGGACAUCAUCGACUUCCUCAUGGAGACGUUCAUCAUGUUUAAGGACCUCAUGGGAAACGUCUUCCCCGCCGACUGGAUGAUCAUGAACCUGGUGCAGAUGCAGGUCUUCCUGAGGGCCAUCAACCAGUACUCGGACGUCCUCAACAUGUACUUCCUGGACCAGGCGCACUUUCAACUGCAGCUGUGGAAUAACUACUUUCAUUUGACUGUGGCGUUCCUCACCCACACGACGCUGCAGCUGGAGUCCUUCUCUCAAGAGAAACGAAAUAAGAUUCUGAACAAAUAUGGAGACAUGAGGAAGACUAUUGGAUUUAAGAUCAGAGACAUGUGGUACAAUCUGGGCCCCCACAAAAUGAAGUUCAUCCCAGCCAUGGUGGGGCCCAUUCUGGAGGUCACGCUGGUGCCGGAGCCCGAGCUGAGGAAAGCCACCAUGCCCAUCUUCUUUGACAUGAUGCAGUGCGAGCACAACUUCAGCCCCGGACGCACGUUCCAGACGUUUGAGAACGAACUGAUAACAAAGUUGGAUCAAGAGGUAGAAGGAGGCCGAGGGGAUGAGCAGUACAAAGUCCUGCUGGAGAAAACCUUGCUGGAGCACUGCAGACGCCACAGAUACCUGUCCCAGUCCGGAGAGGAGCUGGCUCUGCUGCUCAGCAGCCUGCUGGAGAACCUCCUGGCCUACCGGACCAUCACGCACGACGAAAGUCCCGAGCACCGCAUGAGCUGCACGGUCAACGUGCUGAAUUUCUACAAAGAGAAAAAGCGGGAGGACAUUUACAUCCGGUACCUGUACAAGCUGCGAGAUUUGCACCUGGACUGUGAGAACUACACGGAGGCGGCCUACACGCUGCUGCUACAUGCUGAAUUACUGGAGUGGUCUGACAAACCCUGCGCUCCUCACCUGAUACCCCGAGACGGGGAGCAUGUCUGGACCCAGCAGGAGCUCAAAGAGAGGCUCUUCCAGGAGAUCAUAUGUUACCUGGACAAGGGCAAGAUGUGGGAGAAGGCCAUUGAGCUGGGCAAGCAGCUGGCCAAGAUGCACGAGAGCCACAUGUUUGACUUCAUGGAGCUGAGCCAGCUGCUGAAAAAACAAGCCAAGUUCUAUGAAAAUAUAAUGCACGCAAUGCGGCCGCAGCCGGAGUACUUUGCUGUGGGAUAUUAUGGCCUUGGAUUCCCCUCUUUCCUCAGGAACAAGAUGUUCAUCUACCGAGGGAAGGAGUACGAGUGGCUGGAAGAAUUCAGCUUAAAGCUGCUCUCUCAGUUCCCCAACGCGUCACGCAUGACCAGCACAGCGCCCCCUGGAGACAACAUCAGCAACUCACCUGGACAGUACAUCCAGUGCUUUACUGUCAAGCCUGUUCUCACCGUGCCGCACCAGUUUAAAGACAAGGGGGUUCCAGAGCAGAUAUUAAACUAUUACAGAACUAAUGAAGUGGACCAGUUCCAGUAUUCCAGGCCCUUCAGGAAAGGUGAAAAGGACCCAGACAAUGAAUUUGCAACCAUGUGGAUCGAGAGGACAACCUACAUCACCGCCUAUCGCUUCCCAGGCAUCCUGAAGUGGUUUGAAGUCAAAUCUGCCUCGGUGGAGGAGAUCAGCCCUUUGCAGAACGCCAUCGAUGCCAUGGAGACGACCAAUGAAAAGCUGAGCAACCUCGUGCAGCAGCAAGCUUGUGAUCGCUCGCUGUCCAUCAACCCGCUGUCCAUGAUGCUCAGCGGCAUCGUUGACCCCGCCGUCAUGGGCGGCUUCUCCAACUAUGAGAAGGCUUUCUUUACUGACACCUACACCCAAGAGCACCCGGAGGACCACGAGCGCAUCGAGGUCCUGAAACACCUCAUUGCCCUGCAGAUCCCUGUCUUGGCAGAUGGGAUUCGCAUCCACGGGGAGAAAACGACGGAGCAGUUGAAGCCCUUACACAACCGUCUGGUUACUUGCUUCCAAGACCUUCGGGAGAAAGUGGAGAAGCAUUAUGGCGUCAUAACCUUGCCCUGCUCCCUCACUGAGAGGAAGAAGAGUCGCGUGGGCUCGGUGGUGAUGCCCUACAUCCUGUCCUCCACCCUGCGUCGCAUGUCCACUGUCUCAACCCUCUCCAACGCCUCCUCAGGCCUCUCCAGCGGCUCCUCUGAUGGACCCUCCUGUGUCUCCUCCCAUGAUGAUCGCAGAGCCUCGGUUUUGUCCCGCUUGGAGGAAGACAACAGGAUUGCUAGAAAGAACAGGAAGGAGUGGAGCGUGAGCAAAUCCCAGGUCCUACUGGAGAGGCAGUCUGAUGCAGAUGAGACUCCUCCGGAGAAGCAGCAGAGACCCAAGAGUUUGCAGUUAGGAGACCGGCGGCUCACCCUGUCCCUGUUCCAGGGGGUUUCCUCCCAGCUCAGCCUGUCCAACCCCCUCAGCCCGCUGCCUGCCUCUCCACACACACCGCACACACCUCGCAGCUCCAGUUAUUCAUCGCUGCUCAGCGACAAUGAUGUCAAUAGCAAUGACACCCCGGGGACCCCCCCACCCAUGCCUCCAAAGAAACACCCACAUGAGAUUGACAACCCCGGGUUCUCUUCAGAGUUCACUCCUCCGCUGCCAAUGAAAAUCGAGAGCAAGCCUCCUCCGCCGCCCCCGAAAACGCGGAAGUCAAUGUUCCCGUCGUACGAGCACCCCCCUAACUAAGGCUACACCCACAAGUUCCCGUAAUUCUCAGAUUUGGCUGCGAUGGAAACAGUUUGUGGAAGCAGAUGCAGGACCGUCUACUCAGGGUGUAUGUGAGGUUUUCACUAACAGUUCUGAGCAGUCCUUUGUUCUCAAGUGUUAGCUGUUGCUUUGUAUUUAAGCCACAGGGAACAAUAUGUCGGGGGGGGGUGUUGUGAGAGGGUGCUGCUGAUUGUGGGUACGUGAGGUCACUGCAGCCCUGCACUCAGUUUGUGUUUAAGAGGUAAAGAAACAGUGAUUAGAUGCUUUUUUCUUGAAGAAAAAUCAGUUUAUUGUUCAUCACUCGCAGGGAAACGGACCAAUGCUGCAAUGUAAUAUUUAGCUUUUAUGUGUUGGAGCGACACUGGAUGACUUUCCCCCCCCCUCGCCGUUUACCGGUUUUCCACACAGGAUUCAUGUCAAACUUGACCACGAGCAGGGAAUUCAAUGUACAGAGUGUUGGUGUGAAACGUUUUCCUAAAGCACGAUGUGUUCGAGACACUGGAUGGCAUUAAUGAAUGUGCAGCACAUGAUGCAUUUGCUUUGAAUACUGUCGCUGGAGCUUCCACGAUGAUGUUGGCGUUCAGUGGAAGUUACAGUCAGACCACUCUGCGCGGCUGGAGCCAGCAGCCGGUUAGCUUAGCUUAGCAUAAAUACUGGAAAUUGGGAAACAGCAAGCCUGAAGCUCACUGAUCAACACCUUAAAUCUUGUGGGUCGUCCACUGAUCACAGGGUUGCUGGUUUGACCCCGACCUCCUGGCAACACGUCAAAGUCUCCAGUCGAAAUGACACUUUGGCUCAUGUGACCAAACGUGACAUGAUGAUACAGUGUGUUUAUUAGUGAGCUUCAGACGGCUGGUUGGUAGAUUUUGUUGCCGUCCCAGAGGAAGCCACCCUAGCUGUUUCCGGUCUUUAUGCUAAGCUAAGCUAACUGGCCGCAGCUACACAUUAGCAGACAUGAGCAUGGCAUCGAUCGUCUUUAAAGAACCCGAAACGCUGUGUGGUACAAGCAGAGAUGCCUUUGAAGUUCACUUUAGUUUUCUACUUCAGGUGUUGGACUUUUUUUUAUCAGUUCAUUAUUGAAAUUUAAAUUAUUGCUAUUCAUGAAAUUUUAAUGUUUCCAUUGUUUUGCACACCCAGCGUGUACAGAGAUGGUUUAUUUUUAUGCAUCGUGAAUGGAAUCUAAUUACGACACACUGCUCGGCUGUGCGCUGUCUGCGUUUUUAUAAAGAAGCCAAACCGUUUAUGUGCCUUCUGAAUGCUACUGUAAAUCUAUGCAUGUAAGCUGUUUUGAAAAUGAUCAAAGUUGAAUCAGUAAUAAUGGUGUCAAUAUUUUAGUUUUAUGUCUAGAUUUUGAAUAGUUUUACCAGGGACUCACUCUUUUGUACGAUGCACAUUUCCUAACGAGCAUCAGAGAAAUUUUAUACGAAGAAAGCCUCGAGAGAGAUGUAACGAUGUUUUUUAUGAACAAGCUGUACAAAAAUAAAGACUUGUUCAAAGAGCA